AUGGUGGAAGGAGCCACUGCAGAUGUAUCCAAACAACUGACUAUCAUAGGUUCUGCAACAUGUGGGAAGACAAGCAUCCUCACCAGACAUGUGAAAAGAACCUUUGGAACGGAGAUAAGCCCUACGGUGUUCAACUCGGUUAGUAACACAUAUAAGCACAAGAAUAAUGUGGUUGAGUUAAGACUCUGGGACACAGCAGGACAGGAUGAAUAUGCCCGGUUCCGGCAUCUUGCUUUACCUUCAGCGGAUUACAUUAUGAUAGUGUAUGCCAUUGACGAUCGAUCUUCUUAUGCUGAAGUUAAGAAUAGCCUCAUUGGGCAGGUGAAAGAAAAGGCACCACAAGCAAAAUACUUUCUUGUUGGAGCAAAGGUCGAUCUAAGAGAAGAUAGUAAGAGGCUUGAGGAGCUUGCUAGGAAUGGAAAUUCCCCAAUAACUACCUCUGAGGGACUGGAGCUUUCUCAGAGCAUCGGAGCAUUAGGAUACUUUGAAUGUUCUGCAAAGAACAACAUUGGGAUCGACGAGAUAUUUGAGAAGAUUUCAAGCUAUGCUUUGAAAGUAUAUCUGAGAGAAAACAAGUCCUUCAUGGGAAGGAUACUUACUUCUCUGUGGAAUUUUCUUUGCUGCCGGAAAAUAAAUUGA